AUGGAAGGAACUACUGAAGCUGGUAACCAAACUUCUGUGAAGGAGAACACCAAUCCAGUGAUCCCAAUCAAUAAACAUAACGAUCUUGAGGGACAAAUAGGGCAAGAACCCAAAGAAGAUGAAAUCGAUUACUUCCAAAGGGCACAGUGGCUUAGAGCAGCUGUUCUUGGAGCCAGCGAUGGGUUGGUCUCCACUGCAUCACUGAUGAUGGGAGUGGGAGCUGUCAGGCAAGAUGUGAAAUCCAUGAUCAUUUCAGGGUUUGCAGGGAUGGUUGCUGGAGCUUGUAGUAUGGCCAUAGGUGAGUUUGUUUCUGUAUACUCUCAGAGGGAUAUUGAGGUGUCUCAGAUGAAGAGAGAGAGUGAAAUUAGAAUAAAAAAUGAAGGAGAAUUAUGUAAUGAGGAUGACAGCAGGAAAGAGAAAUUGCCAAACCCAUUUCAGGCGGCUGCUGUAUCGGCACUUGCCUUCACGAUUGGAGCGGCGGUGCCGCUGUUAUCUGCGUCCUUUAUACAGGUUUAUGGGGUGAGGUUGGCGGUGGUGAUUGCAUUGUCGAGUUUGGCGUUGGUGGUGUUUGGAUGGGUUGGUGCAUUCUUGGGGAAGGCACCUGUGAAGAGGUCUUGUUUUAGGGUUUUGGUUGGGGGUUGGUUUGCCAUGGCUAUAACCUAUGGAUUAUCCAGGUUGAUUGGCAUUGCAGGACUAUAG